AUGCCAUCAAUAAUCCAUAUUGCCCUCACCACUACAGUUCUUACUGGACUCGUGCACGUCGCCCAAGCACAAACAAACAUCACCUCGGCAGACUGCGCUGCCUCAUCAGAAUACUCAACCUGCAACAAGGAUGUUGCAAGCAAGUGGAGUUCAUGCUUAAGCAGGUGCAAUGGGGAUGCAGACUGUAGUGUAGACUGUGGCUGCAGUGCUCAUCAGGAAUAUAUCAAUUGCAUGGCACAAUCUUGCUGGAAUCAGGUAUACUCAUGCAACUACCAGCUUUUCGUACAGCAAUACUUCGCCAUCUGCCCCAGCGCCGCUGAACCGAUCCCCUUCUGGCCAGCACCAGAUCAUGCGCCGAAUCGCUGCUCAUGUGAUUUAGGCAAAGUGCUCCAGAAUACACUGACAGCGCGUAGUGAGCAAGUCUCCUGCAUCCUAAACGUGACCGAUGAGACCAUAUCUUCCGUAUCCGAUCUGUCCGAUCUGAACGAUGUGGCUGAUAUAUCAGAGACGGCAACCAACUGUGCAUGUUGCGGAGCAAGCACCAGUAUCUCAGCCGCCUGGGAAGUAUGUCCAGAUACCGAACCAACCCUUGCAGGCGCAGACCUCUGGCCCAUAUUCUUCCCAUCCGACUGGCCAAAUCUAUAUACGUCAAUCACAGACUUCACCUGGGACAGCUGCAACAACAUGGACGUCACAGCAUGCAAAAACACCGGCUUCAGCAACCCCUCAGGCAAGUUCUACAAGCCAGGCAGCUAUCCUUCGAAUGGAACUUCUUCUCUACGCAAUGUCGGCGGUACGCUGAGUGCUCCGCCCAGUGGGACUGUCAUCACCUGGUCGCAGUCAUCCACUACUUGGACAGUCACUGCGACUGGGUAUGAUGAGAAAGCUGUUGCAAGCCAGAGUUCUUUCCAGGCUACUGCUACCGGGACUGCGGCUUUUGCGACACAGACGGGUAAUGUUGCAGCUGGAGUGAGACCUGGCGCUCUUGUGGUUGGGGUUGUUGGGGUUUUGAUGGUGAUGUAG